AUGUCACUUCCCCCAGAGCGCAUCAGCGUCAAGCGCAGAAGGCAGGAGGAACCUGUCGAGGCAUUGUAUCUCGAGCAGGGUACUGGCCUAGAGAAGAAGCGAAGAGUCACGGACUUCUACUUCCAGCGUCUCCAGAACGAUGUGAUUGCCCCCGUUUCUCAGCGAGCCACCAGUUCUCAGACCGCCGUGUGGUCGGAACCUCCCGCACCUGGUGUUCCUCCAAUUCGUCUGACCUCGUUGAGUGAUAUAAAGAAAGACGUGGAGAGGUCACAGGUGUCCGUCGCAGCAAAGGCUGAUGUGGUCCGAGAAGAGAAGAGCAAAGCGCUAGACAAUGCCAGCGCAGACGGUGGCGACAGGCCAGCUUCGAACACGUCGACUGGAAACGAAACACUCCAUCAAGCCCGCCGUUUCCACCUCACUCGGCACCUUUCAUCAGUCCUUGGUCCAAACGCUUCGGGCGGGAUCCGGAAGCCCAAGAAUUUUAUUCGACCCCCUCUCGCUACCUUCGUGGAAAGACAUGUCCCCAUUUUCAGCCAUGAGGAGAAUCCACUAUACCGUGAUAAACCCAUUGACAAGAUGCUGGACAUCCAAGUAGACGCUGGAGUGGGGAGCUCGAAGCCCGAUAAAACGACAGAGCCGACCCUCGAAGCCUUGAAUGCAUCCAAACGAACCGUUACGAGCACGUUUGUUCAGACGGGUUCUAAAGCAGCCAGAAAUGGGACUUCCAUCAGAGAUCACCCGAGCACGUGGGAUCUCGACUCUGAUCAGCUUGCUGACGAGCUGGCUGCGCUUGCAAUGGAGUUCGAUCCGGACGUGCAGGAAACCACCGAAGCCAUGCUUCCUACGGUGCCUCCUUCCAAAACCCAGGAUGAUAUGAUGACUUCUCACGAUGGAGAGGAUGACUACAUUUAUGAAACCUAUGUUCGAGUAGAGUACGAUGCUCAAGUGCAUGGUCCAGGGACCGCCGCAGCUCUGCACUCCAACUAUGGAAUACUCGUCAUUGAUGAAGAAGACGAGGACUUGUGGCAGAAAUAUAUCGAUAGUGAUGAUGACAGUGAUUGGGAUGAAGAAGAUUCAAACGCUGAGGACAAUCCUGCGAAUGACUACCCGGAAGAGGAGGUCAGCUCCGACGACGAGUACGGUUACAACCCGUACAAAUAUCGUACCUAUGGAUCUGACCAUGAGGACUUUGAAAACAUCCACACUUUUCGAUAA